GGGGCCGACCUGGAGAACCUGCUGGAUCUGGCAAAACAAAACGCGCAGCUGGCUAAACGCGAUUUCGUCAAGGAGGCGGAUCUUCAGGCAGCCCUGGAUGAAUUGAAGAGUAAAUGA